CCUGAGUUACUUAUAGUAUAACUUAUAGGAAUGACAAGAGUCACACGUACAAAUGUCCGCCCCGAGGUCAUACAAUCAGAGAGAGAUUGAAUCGCAGCUGGGUCUGAAUCACGGGGUAUAACAGGUGAUGCAAUCUGGACCACUAACUAUCACACCAAAUUCUUACUAUCUCUGCACCAUCCACUAUGCCCUAUCCCGCGCCUGGUACAUAUCACAUCCAAAGUUCUAGCAAGCCAGAUUGUUACGCCAGCAUCCGUUACGGCGAAGACGCACUUCGCGGAGAGCCCAUCGAUCCCAGCCAGUACAGCCAAACGUGGCGCCUGGAUUAUAAUGAGGACACCAGCGAUACCCCUCGACUCUGGUGCGCUCUCACCAUCGCCGGGUAUACCUCUUCAUUGGGCGUCAAAUCUAUCAACGACCACCAACCCGUCUGCAUUGCCGCCGACUCGAGCGCAUGGUCCUGGUUCCUCAAGCAGACCAACGAGGGUUACGUUAUUGGCCUGCUCUCUUCUCGUGGAAAUGAGUACAAUUGGUUCCUCAGCGACAAAGACGAGCAGAUAGUCGUCAUCGGCGGCGACAAAUCGGAACCCCAGAGCUGGCGAUUCGUGAAAGCAGAAUAAGCACUGGGAUGCAGUAAUCAACCCUAGUCAGACCCUUCUAUGAGGGUGUUUAAGAGUGUCGGGGUCGAUGAGGCAGAUAUUGAGACGCUGAGGCGGGGCGUGGAGAAGACUCUGGAGUUGCAGGAGACUCGACUCGUAACCAGUCUGGACUACGUCUUUGAGAUGUUGACCACUCGACUUGUCCGCAGGGUGUAAGCCAGGCUGGUCACGAGCCUAGCAGGAGACGCCGAAGUAGGCACCGAGUCUAUAUAUGAUAACUUAUCGUUUAUCCCCAGUUCGAAUUCGGUGUUGGUCGCGGGAGCUCUGAGUCAAGUUCGACUCGUAGUGACGUGCAUGAACGUUCAAGCCUUGGCCCGUUCCGAGUCGUCAGUCAACCAAAGACUUUGCAAACUACAUAAGACGCGUUCCAACGUUUGUGGCCGCCGUGGCGCCUGUGGCAGAGACAACGAACUUGUUGACACAAACAUAUGCAGUC